UUAGAAAAUAUAUACAAUAUUUACACAAUAAAUUGAAUGUUAACGUUAAAUAUCUCUUGCAUGAACUCCAUGCUUGUCACAUUCCCUGAACCAGUUUGUGACAAGUGGAGAUUUGUAUGAGAUCAGAACAACAAACAAAUUUCACACCUCUGGACCCUUAAUCUCCGAUAACUAAGGGCUCAUUGAGCAGAUUUGAUUGGAAUACAUGAGACCUUCUGUGACAGUUGGGAGCAUAUUUUUACGUUAUAUCUAAACCUACAUGAUAUAAAAGUAAGCUGAUUUCUCCCUGGAAAUUAAUUUGUCUUCAGUGUUUAUUAGCGCCCACCUCUGGCCUCAUGAUGGGUUUUUUUUUUCAGAAAAAACAAAACAAAUGUGCAUGUAUGAAAACAAACUGAAAGGCUUCCACUUCCCCUAGCAUGAUGGCCUAACUAAUCAAGUUGCACAGAGAGCACUUUUCUCAUUGAAGUUGAUUAAUCUCUGGUGUUUCAUUAACGUGCACCUCCAGCUCCCCGAGGCAUUAUAUAGUGUUGCUUUUUCUGAGGACCUAACCAUUUCCCAUUGGCCCUAAGGAGGAGUGUAUCAAAUGACCACCCCAGCAAAGAUCAAGCAGAGCAACAAACCGUUUCUCAAGCUGUUGGCAGCAUGUGGGAGCACAAAGACGGAUUGUUAUUCUUCUGACUGAUUUAAAAACGUAUAUGAAGCUGUUCAACAUGCCUCGCAGACAGGGUUGUGCGAUAGCCGGGCCAGACAAUAUGGCUGAGGAGACGAAGCUUGUGGGAAUGGGACUUCGUGUCGAUGUGUCCCCUGUACAAACUGCCUUUUACAUCCUCCUGGUGAUGCUGGGCAUCCUGGGUAAUGCCACUGUGGUCGUGGUCAUUGGUAAGAGUGUGAUCAUGGACCAUGGUGGAGGACACAACUCGGAUAUCAUCAUUACUAACAUGGCUCUGUCUAACUUGAUGGUGUCUGUGAUGAGGAACACGCUGCUCAUUAUUUCAGACAUGGGAAUCCAGCUAUACUCAUCCAAAGGGUGGUGUCAGUUCCUGAUGGGUGUCUGGGUGUGGCUGCGAUCGGUCAAUGUGUGGUCAACGCUCUUCCUCAGUGCGUUCCACUUCCAGACUCUGAGGCGUGUGGCUCCCAUUAUUGGGAACCUUCAAAAGUUACGGGGCGCUCCCAAGCUCUUACUGCUGAGCAUUGGCCUCAUCUGGCUUCUCAACUUUUUUUACGCUAUUCCUGCUCAUAUAUUUUCCACCAGUGGAGAUGUGAACUCCACAGAGACUCUGAUGCUGGUGAGCAGCACAACACGCCCCCUGCUGGGCUGUGUGUGGAACUUUCCCUCCUCCUACAGUGGCCUGGCCUAUGCCACCACGUCUAUUGUGAUCCAUGAGGCAAUUCCCAUCAUCUUGAUGAUUUUCACCAACCUGGGCUCCCUCUACACACUCUACACCCAUGGCAGGAUGCACAAUUCGGGGCAGGAUGCGCCCGUCAUAAAACGAGUGCCAGCUGAGAGACGAGCAGCGAAGGUGAUCCUUGCUCUCAUCAUGCUCUUCAUCACGUCCUGGGGAACCAGCAUUAUCUCUGUCAACUACUUCAACUACAACCCGGGUGCCUCCGCAGAUUUUCUUCUGGUCAUUGCUCGUUUUGCCAACAUUAUCUUCAUCGCCAUGUCACCUGCUAUUCUGGCAAUCGGCCACAGGCGACUGCGGUCUAGCAUCAAGUCCAUGCUCACUCACUGAUAGGCUGACUAUCACUCUGCUGAAGU